GGAAGCGCUUGCGUGACAGUGGAAAUCGGCGCCUCACAAUGGCAUCAUCGAGUCGGGAGCAGUCUCAAGAAGAAAUUGACCGUGCUAAGGAAUUAUUUAGUUCUGGCACAAGAAAUUACUAUGUGAAGGACUACGAUCGUGCCGUUGAGGAUUUGAGUCAGGUGUGUACCCUCUAUUCAGAUGUCUAUGGAACUACGGCCGAUGAACUCGGAGCGCCGUAUCUCUUGUACGCCAAAGCGUUAAUAGGCCUGGCUCAGAAUGAGGUGAAGCUGAUUGAUAUCCCAGAGGGUGAGGACGAUGAGGAUUCCGAGUCUGAGUCCUGUGAUGAAGAGGAUGACGCCAAGGGAAAGAAGGAUGAUGAAGGAGAAUCUUCUGAGGCUGCGGGAAAAUCAGAAAAGCCAUCUUCCAGCAAGAAAAAGAAGGAUGACGAUGAUGAUGAUGAGGAUGAAGAGGAGGAAAAUGAAGAGCAAACCACCAAUCCUGAGUCUACAGAGGAAGAUAUAACGAAUUUGCAGUUGGCUUGGGAAAUUCUGGAGUUGGCUGUUACUAUCUUCACGUCACGCGGAGAAAGUGGAAAAUCUCAAUUGGCUGAGUGCCAUUCAGAAUUGGCGGAAAUUUCUUUUGAGAACAACAACUAUGAGGAAGCUGUGAGAGAUUUUACAAAGGCACGGGAUCUUUUGGUUACUCUUCCGGAAGCUAAUCACCGUCAAUUGGCGGAGUUGUAUUACAAAAUGGGACUCUCCCAUAUGAUGCUGAAUGCCUUCAAUGACUCCAUUUCGGCUCUAAAUAGUGCCUGCGAGUGUCUGGAUAAGGUGAUUGCGGAGAACAAGGAGAAGGGUGCUCCUGAGGAUGAGAUAACAGAACUUAUAGCCGAAUUGGAGGAUAGCAAGAAGGAUAUUUACUGCAAAAUUGAAGAGAUUAGAGCUUCAAAGAUGGCUGUAUUGGAGGAUAUUAGGAAGACAUGUGGAUCUCCUGAGCCUUCAGAUGCCCUGCCUAGCAAAACUCCCCCCACCCAGCAGCCCACAAACAUCUCUCAUUUGAUCAAGCGAAAGAAACCCGAUUCAUCGCCAUCAGGAAGCGGAAGCAGCAGCAAAAUGCCCAAAGUAGACUGAUGCUUUUUUGCAAAAUUGUUGUUUUCUCAAAGUAUCUCGCUGAAAUAAAACUUUUUAACCGUGAAAA